AUGAGACUUAGAAAGGAUGUUAGAGAAAACUUGAAAGAGCCUGAUUAUUGGCAAAACGUCACCAAACCAAGUUUAAUUGAUUUCUUGAAAUAUCGCAAGACCAAAGUUCAUGAAAAGGUUGAUAAAAAUAAUGAAAUACUUCGGUAUAAACAUGAUUUAAAGCAGAUAGGAAGGCAUUAUAAAUACGGAAGUAAAGCAAAGGUCGUAAAAGUCGCUAAGCUUAAUUUAAAGGAUGAAUUAAUUUCAUCUGAAGUAAUUGAAUUUUGGAGAUUGCAAGAAAUUCAGAACGAGGUCGAAUUAGAACAGCAGACCGAUGAAUCAGAUAUGGAUGAAUUAAUAUCAUCUGAAGAAAUUCAGAACGAAAUUGAAAUAGAACAGCAAACUGAUAAUUUAGAUAAGAUAAAGAUCCAUGGAAUUCUCAAAAAAGAAAUUCUGGUUGAACGUAACGUUAAAAGCAUCAUUGAUGCUUUUGAACUUUAUAAGGAUAACAGUAAUGAUGAUGAUGUAUCAACAGAAGGAAUAAUGGACCUUACACACAAAAGUCGUUUCGUUCGGCAACUUCCCGAAGAUGUUUAUAAAAGUUUUCUUGAAUCAUUAAAUCAAUAUGAUCAAUUAAUCCCGGAUGAAACGCACAAAUUUCUGGUUGAUUUUUUUUCACAAAAAUUAACUUAUAAGCAGUGGUCAAAUGCUGUAGAUAAUUUGAAUAUCAAAGAGUACAAGGAAGAGACCACUAAAAUGAUAAUAAAGAUAAUUACUAGAUCACUUGAUAAUUUCUUGCAAGCUUUCGCCUUGGAACAUAUGAAUCCACUCCAUAAUAUCGAAGCUCUUGAACAACCUCAUCUUAAUGACUAUAUACACCCGUGUAUAAAGUCAGCUUUAUGGAGUUGUGCUGACAUUUAUUAUACUUCCGGCGAAAUUCCAUCAAUAAAUCAUAUCAACCGACAAAAGGGAGAUGGCGUUGGGUUUACGAUCGACUCUAACAAAUAUCAGCUUGUUUACGUUGAAGGUUCACGCCCUUAUAAAGUUAAAGCAAGCAAAGAACUUGAUGAUAGAAAUAAAAUAAUCAAGAACCUCAAAAAUAUGUUAUUAAACAUUGUUAAAGAUCGGGUGGAGAAGAGGAAAUUGAUAAUACCGGAUAUGGAAGUUUUUGGUGUUGCUAGUAUAAAACUUAACAUACAUUUGUAUGCUCUUGGUUUUACCGGUUAUUAUUAUAUCAAAGAAAUCGACAACGCCACAAUUCCAAGAGAUUUCUCGGAAAUGGAAGAAUUUAUUUUUUUUUACGAGUCAAUUUUAAAAUGGGCUCUUUCGGUAAAAGCUUGCUUUGAAAAGUUAUCGGAUAAAUCGUUAAAAACACGCGACUUUUAG